GCAGCCAGUCAAAAAUAUGUGCUAGCAAAAUGUAUUCUCAGCCAUGCCACAAGCAAAUUGAUUCAAAAUUAAGAUAAAUUCAAGGCAUAGGCUAAUCAAGAUAAAUCACAAAAUAACUGCCCAACAAAGGAGCAAGGCUGAAUUACCAACUGGGCACAAAAAGCCCCAUAUUCACUCCAUAUCAGUGGAGUCUACAUGGUAUUGGAUUUUUUUUUUCUCCACUUCAAGUACUAUAUGGGUCCUCCAAUUCAGAAUUUACAAUUCUUAAAAAACACAUGAAAAACUAGCAAAUGUCCACAUUUGAGAAGCUGGUGACAGUGAAUUUUGGGCAAUUUGCUUAAAAAUCCAAUCAAUCAAAACAGUUGCCACUUUAUUAUCUGUCAAUCAUCCAACUGAUUAAUCAACAAAUACUGCAUUUUCAACUCUAGAGUACUGGUUGGUUUCUGGGCACAAGGAAGAAAAAACAUCUGUGUGCAAUGCAAAGUCAAUUAGAGUUGGAGCAUACACGUUAAUGUCAAAAAACAUGCCACCAGCCAAAUAACCCAGUUUUCAACCACAUGUCAAAUACAGAUCUAAAAUUGAACACGGGUUAAAUAAUGCCACUAUUGCAGCACAUCGGUAUAUGAACUCGUCCAGUUUUCUAGUUGGUCUGGUGGUUCCUUAAGCUUUGAAGACAGGCUAGUUAGCUUGCAGAGAGGCCGUGAGUACCGUUAGCUAGCAUUAGCAUGAAAAGAAGAGCGAGGAAACUAGUAGGUAAUAGCGAAAAUUCACAACUUCCGAGUCAAAUGUUAACGGGUGUCUGAGCUUGGGCGCCCUAACCGGACCACUGGGGGAUCCAGCAGAAUCGUCCUGCUCAGUUUUAAUCUAUUCAGUUGUCGAGUAUCUCAGGCAUGAAAACACCGGAGCAACAGAGACAAACUCUUCGCAGCAGCCAGGCUGACUACGGCAGGUUAUUCACGAUGAUUCGUAUCGUGUGAUCCCACAGCAGCAUGAAGAGUCAACUAGAGGUGAUGGUCAUCCUCAUAAAGCCCAGAGGUUACCUUCAGGUCAUGGUAGGAUAAGCAGGGCGGUCCUGGGUGGAGGAUUGUCCAUUGACACUCUGGCAGCCAACAUGACACAUGUGGUGGAGGAUUCUGACAAGUACUACACAUGGUGUAACUUUGGCCCUAAGGACCAGCGCACACAUGAACUCUGGGUAGACAUGAGUGAUGUCCGACAUGGCCAAGUUAGACUCCAUGGCAUUCUAUCAAAUUCAUACAAACAAGCUGUGAGGGUUGCCCUGUCAUUUGACUUUCCUUUUUACGGCCAUUACCUGAGGCAGAUUACCAUAGCAACAGGAGGGUUUAUCUUCACAGGAGACAUAACUCACCGGAUGCUGACUGCAACGCAAUACAUCGCCCCACUAAUGGCUAAUUUUGACCCCAGCUACUCCAAAGAAUCCACUGUGCAGUACCUGGAUAAUGGUGAGAUGUUUGUGGUCCAGUGGGAGCGAGUCAGACUCUCUGGCAAAGAAUCCAAAGGAGCUUUCACCUUCCAGGCUGCCCUAUACAAAACAGGAACCAUCACGUUCAGCUACCGAGAGAUACCACUGUCAAUAGAUGUGAUCAGUUCGGCUGAGCAUCCAGUGAAGGCUGGUUUGUCUGAUGCCUUCAUGGUCAUGUCACCCUCUUCUCAAUCACUGGAUUCCCAACAGCGGACGAUUUAUGAGUACCAUCGUGUUGUGAUAGAUACUACAAAAAUCACCAACUACUCUGCUGUUGAGUUCACUGCACUACCUACCUGCCUGCAAUAUGCCAGCUGUGAUCUCUGCCUCUCAUCCAACCAAACCUCUGGUUGUAGCUGGUGUAAUGUACUCCAGAGGUGCUCAGAUGGAAUGGAUAGACACAGACAGGAAUGGCUGGACUAUGCUUGUUCAGAAGAGAGCAAACAUGCAAACUGUGAGGAUUACUCCAGGGGUGACAGCUCCACUAGUUCUUCUAUCACACCAGAGAUCGACAAUGUGACCUCUUUGACACCGCUACAAAAGAGCUGCAAAAAUAACGACGACACCAUACAUCACAUAUUUAACAACGCCAAUGAUGUGAAGACAGAUUCUUCAACCAAGAGUGAAGGGCUGGUUAACACAGGAGUGAUAGCUGGUAUAGCAGCUGCUCUUUUGUUACUCCUGGCUCUCGUACUUGUAGCUCUUUACAUCAACUACCAUCCUACCACUGCAUCACCACUUUACAUCAUCCAGCGACGCAAGAGCUACUGGCCUUCCUUUAAGUUUCAGAAGCAACAACCUGGUUACAAAGAAGUGGAAGGUGAAGGACAUGAGAAGGAUAACAUUGCUGAAGCAGGGCCAUGAAUGCAUGAAUGGGAACUUGUAUUUUAAAAAACUCAUUUGCAUUGAAGUGAUUUCCACAAACAUUCUAACAUAUACACUACAUUUGUCUAGACCUUUAGAUUCCAAAGCUUUUACAUUAAGUUUAAGAUUGUUUCAAGCUAUUUGUUGACUGUAUAGCAAAAUUAUUAUACUGAUGCACAAUAGGGUGCUUCUAAGCCAUAUAGAAUGCUAGGCUAUAUGCAAUAUUGAAUGAUUUUAUUUUAAAUGUAUAGGCCUAGUGGUGCUAGAAUAAAUUGUAUUACAUCCUUGCAAAAAAACAACUUGAUCUAUUUUGACUGCAGUAAACUGUAAAAUGCAUGCCACAAGCUUGACAACCUUAGAAAACUACAUAAGCUCUGCUGUAACUUUCAGAUACUUUUGAUGGUGAAGUUCCACCUUUUGUUUUGCAAGAGCACAUAUUGAUCUUGCUUGUAAUGCUUUUUCUGUGUGUUUUA